AUGUUGAACGGUGUUUUCAUGGGAGGCCACCGCAUUGUGGAGCAAGGCUUAGACAAUUCACGGGGAGAGCCAGUUCUUGAUACAGAUAACGGCGAGGACCUCGUUCAUGUCCAACCUUUCGUAUCCGUUGCACUCGAAAAUCGUGCCCCGGAAUCCCCAUGCACUCUCUGCAUUACCCACAGGUACCUUCAAAUCUACCUGCGAAUUCUUCAAGUGUUUUGGCUGAGUGACUUGGACGGAGCAAGGGGCUACGACGUUGAUUUCUUGUCUCUGUCGCUGCACGCUGUUUCAAGGGACCUCGAGACCUACCCUUCUCCCUGCAUUUACGCUCAGAUUGAAACUGAAGAUGAUGAAGUGGAAGAUGAGUCUGAGGAAUCGGAUUCAGAGUGCUAUGAGGUUUUAGAUUUAUCCAAGAUCAGAGAGAUGAGGCUUAUUCCUUCAGAUACCAGCCAAUUGGAUACUCUGUUUCAUGUAUUCAGCGAGUGUGCUGAGCUAAAUCCGGAGCCUAUCGAAGGAGAAGAAGAACAUGAUUGGAUUUUUAGUGCUGAUCAGUUGCAAGAUGAAGCUGGAGAGGGUGAUGACUCGGAAUGGCAUUUCUCCGAGAGUCUGACAAACAUAAUCGGUCAUUCUGAUGGUUAUCAUGACCUGUCUCGGAAUGUGCUUGAGCUUCAAAUCAAUGAUCAACGCUUUGAGGAUGCGGUAGAGAUGGAAGAAGUUACUGAUAGAGGUAGAUAUCCUAGGAAAAUGGCUAUGGUGGUAGCUUCCGAGCGAAGCCAGAUAGUGCAGCAGGGUAGUUGA